AUGCUGCUCUGGGCCGGGCCGGCAUUCGUUCCGAUAUGCUGCCCGCCAAGUGCCUGCGUGCAUGUCACGGCCUUGUUUGUGCACAACCUUGUCCAGCCCUUGUCAACCGUCCAGCCCGCCAAAGAGCACCAGAAUGGGGAACCCCCCAGCCAGCAAGCCGAAAGGAACUGCAACCGCAGCCGGCCUUGCAGCCUCAGUCGGGCCCCCUUGCGUCUGAGGCCUUUUUGGAUCGGCAGCGGACCGGCGGUUUGUGGGCACAGCGAUCCUGGCAGACUGGCUGGCCGCUCCUCCAAGGCUCCAACAGGCAGCGCUGCUGCUCCAGAGACGCUUCAGCUCGGCCGACUAGCUCAGCAGCGACCACGGACGGGUCGAGACUAUCGCUGCAACAAGGUGCGUGCCGCAGCGUCUCUGGCGCCUCGUCUCGUCUCGUCUCGUCUCUCUGAUGCCGCCGCCUGCGUCCCGAUACUCUGGGCUCCCGGCCGUCGCCGCCAUCGACGCUCAUCAUCGUACUCUCUUGUACAAGUACGGCGGGCCCCCUGCGGCUGGUCAUCCCGGCUUCCCACCUUUCUGCUCCUCUUGCUCGGGCUCGACUUGACUGAGAGGGCUGGACAGGACUGGACAGGACUGGGCUGGGCGAGACUUGACUGGACUGGACUUGACUGGUUCUCUUCCCUUGCGCGCCUCGAUUCUGCCUGUGCUUGCAGGCUCCUUCGUCACUGUCACUCUCACCCCCGUGCCCGCUCUUUCGCUUCUGCUGCCCCUUCGGAGACGCUCCUGGGGGCUCUUGAUCCAGUGGAAACCCUCGUCUCCCCCAUCGUCCAGCGUGUCUUUGGCUGCUUCUCGAGCCUUGACGUUACGUCCGCCAUGGAGACGGCCGUUGUGAGCUUACGCUCUCCUGAUGUUUCCGCACGGGUAAGUGACGUCUUGUUCCCCUCUCCGGUCCUACGGGCCACGGGUGGCACACACGAUGCGAGCAUAUCUUAUGGGGCCGGCUGGUGGGUUGCCAAAUGCAUCGAGUUGCUGAGUCGUUGCGUGCCGUUGCUUGUCUCGGAGUCACCCUCGCUCUUUUCGUCUUGUCAAACCCUCGCGCACACCCUACCAACACCCCCGGCUGUGCGAGCCCUAUCCAGAGCAAAGCGAAAGUGGGCAGGCGACGGCGACGCGGCCUCCAAUGGCACGACCUCAGCUGUCCGGCCCCGAACCCGUGGCAGAGUCAAUGGGCCCAGAAGAGGCGUUCAGCGGGCAGGUCCAGGUCCAUCUCUCACCGAUGCGGAAUAUGCGUAUGCGCCAUCGUCAACAGGCUCUGCCCGUGCAGCCACCAAGACACAACCCCCGAUGGUGGCGGACCUACCAAGCCCUGGGCGAGUACUGGUACAUGAUGUGCCCGGAGCCAUCCCGCAACCUCAACCCCAGGCCUAUCCAGAUCCUCAGCUGCAUACAGGCAGUCUGUCAGGCCACUCCUCCGUCGCCAGAGAUUGCUAUGCCGGCACCAUCUCUCGCCAGGACAACGAUGCCAUGUCGAUCGCUUAUACCACUGAACCUUCGGCAUACAGCCACUACUCCACCACGUCUGCGACUUCCAGCCCACAUUUUCAGCAAAACUAUUGGCUUGUCCAAGGCCAGCAUGGCGAUGCCCUCGGCCAGUCUCAUGUUCGUCAAGUACCAUCGAGUUUGCCUCCCCAGUCUGUGUCACUGCCAUCGACUCAAGCCAAUGGCGCAGUGUAUCGGGGGCACCUAGUCUCACCGCAGCAGCCGGGCCAGUCAAGCCAAGAUAUCGGUACCAACCUCACAGCGCCCUUUCCGCCUGGCCAUUCAUUCCCGCCAACAGGCUUUCUGAAUCAUUCUCUUGUUGUCCACUAUAAUUUCCAGUAUCAACCAGUUUCGGUUCCUCCACCUCUUCCUCCACCUCCUCCUCAUCACUUUCAACAGUGCGGACCACACCAAGCAACUGGGCAACUUCCCAUCCAGACGUCACAAGGAUAUCCUUACCACGGCCCGCAAUAUAAUACGCCGCACGUCUCGGCGGAUGCCAGACAACUUGGCCCUCCCCUUUCGACGCCUGUGCAGUCAGUGGGCGAAGGAUCCCAAUUGCCCGAGAGCCAUCAUCAACAGGCGCCCGUAAAUUCUUACCUGUUACAGCGGCCCAUCCGUCAAUUCUCCAUUCUUCCUACAAUGGACAGCACCAUGUACACUGGGCCUGAGGCCGAGGCAAGCGAAGUCGUUCACGUCCAUGAUGACGUCUCGUACGAGCAUCGCCCGCAUAUGACCCAAGGCGCUGAGUGGCAAAACCCGGGGGUUUAUAUGGCUGGCGAGGCUCAUGAACCUGACGAAUUUGGUGACGGCACCUCUGAUGCUUCGGGAAUUUCUGAUACCAUGGAUAUCCACUGCGAUGUGCAUGAGGACAGCGAAGUACAAGACGACUCGCUGGGAACAGGUGAGAGACCGCAGCAGUUGGCGCCAUCUUUAUCUAUGAAAGAGGAGGAUUCUGCAUCGUUCUCGGUUCCAAACCGGAAGCGAGGUCAACUGAGCCCUACUCAUCGAAAACAAACUGCAGAGACGAGAAAGAUUAAGGCGUGUACGCGAUGCCGGAUGCAAAAGAUGCGGUGUCAAGUAGACGUCACAGACCCAUCGGGAGACUGCGUAGGAUGCAAAACCUUUUCAAAGACGUCGAAGAAGACCAUCCACCGAAUGCCGUGUUAUCGCGGAAAGAUUACAGAUGCCGUCCUGUUCCGUAACGGAGGGCUCGAGCUUACUAAACGCUGGAAAGGCACAGAGAUGAAGGACGUGGGAGACCGACCCAACCCCAGAGACAUCCGCACCGUCUUCAUCACUCUGGGCAUAUGCAAAGAGGAGGUCCAGAUUGAAGUAGUCGCAUUCAGGCCGCAGUCCGGGGACGUGACUGCGAGAUUCUGGAUGGAUGGCGAGCAGGGGGUGCGAAAGAAGAAGGACCUGGCGCACUAUUGCCUGGCCGACAUUCAGAAAACGGCAUCGUAUUUUGAAGAGUACGUCAAGAGGAACGCAGUCAACGUUGCGUGGAAUGAGAUGGCAGGUGGAGGUGACCAGCCUGGAGACAUUAUCGAGGCGACGUACUCUUAUGCGGUUCGCCGUUUCCAACUUCUCCGAAGAAAACCGUCUCUUCCCGGAAAAGAGGAGCGAGAACUCAAUCUCUUGGGCAAUUUGUUCAUCCUUUGGUUUGCCAUGCGCCACUCGACCGGGUCUUCAUGGAUCCAGGGCAAGGAAUUGUUGGGGAUGAAGCCCGAAACAAGGGACGAGACAUACCCGCUGUACAAAAGAGUUUCGGUACCACGCAUGAUUCUUGCGCAGUUUGACAGCAUCAACUACAGCCGAGUUCUCACCAAACACGGAAAGUUUGUCCUCAGCGAGCUCGAGGCUCUCAUGUCGCGAAACCAGCCAGAAUACUUCUUUUUGGUUUAUGUCUGCUUGUUUGUACUCUUGCGGGAGGCAAGCUGGACAAGCGCAGAUCGCUAUCGUCACGCGCGGAACAAUCACGGCCAGAGUCUUCGUUAUUCCAUCCCGCAAUUUGUAGAGAGCCUACAUGACAGCUGCAACAAUCUUCUCCAGCAUUGGCACUAUUACAAUGCCAAGUCGUGGCCCAAGCCCAAUGAAAGGGGUGACAGGUUCAAUACUCAUCUGGCCCACAUUGAUGCGACAGAAUAUGACCUCAUGAUGCAAGCGCUUACCGAUCCUGCAGUGCAGAAACAACUGGACAUUUGGAGACGUUACAAAGCAGAUAAUGGCCAAGUGAACCAACCUGCUCCAAGCAAUGUUGGAGGGAGGCCGUACGAGGGGCGCCAGGUCUUUUACGACUGGGAUCACCCCUUCUAUUGGGUUUCACAGUUAUUUGAGGAGAACUGGCAGCCACAUGCCACAUACCGGGCGGAACCGGUUGAUCCACUGGCCAGGUAA